AUGGAUACACUCAAUCGAUACACUGAUAGACACACGGUCAACACCGGCCAGAACAGUAUCAUCCAGCGAAGCGUGGACUCGCACACCAGCCAAGUUGUUGCAUUGAAAAUCAUCGAUGUUGAUUUUGUCAAACCGCCCCAUAGCAUCAAAAACGAGAUACGAAUAUUACAAAAACUAAAUAAUGACUCUUUUCUAAAGUAUAUAACCCAUCACAAGCAAUACGAUGAUAUGAUUAUAGUGACCGAGUAUUACGAGCAAGGCGACUUGACCCAAUUGAUGGAAAAGUACCAGACCAAAAGAACCAAAUUCAAUCUAAACGAUCCCGGCGAUCAUAAAGUGGUUAAGAAGAACAACUUGCCAAUUGAUCUUGCCGACGCCAUCGUGCUAAAACUAAUCGAGGGAUUGUCUUUCCUCCACGGGCAAGGAAUUAUCCAUCGGGACAUCAAGCCUCUGAAUAUUUUUUUCAAAAAUGACAACCCGAUCAUUGCAGAUUUUGGAAUAAGUUACGAUACUACCAUCGACAACGAAGAACCCGCCAAUAACAAGAUCCUCGAUGUAAGCACCGGUUGUUAUAAAGCACCCGAACUUAUAUUCGGGGUGACAGACUACGGUUGUGCCAUUGACCUUUGGUCAAUGGGAGUCUUGAUCAGCAUGAUGUACUCCAUCCACGGAGACAACGUUCUUGAACCAAACGACCCCCAGGUAAACGAUAUCUAUUUAAUAAGCUUGAUUUUCAAGAAAUUCGGAACUCCAGUCAUCACCCAUCCUUGCAGCGAUCCCCGAUUAUACUGGCCGCAAAUGGCUUCCGACAAGUACCACUUCAACAAGUUUGAAUUCGACCUCUUCCCGCGCCAGCCAACCAACCUGCUCUUGCCCCGGUGUACCAACCCCGGCGUGCUAGACCUGUUUGACAAGAUGAUGGUAUACGACCCCGGUGCACGGACCUUGAACUGA